UUGUUUUCGUUGCUCAUUUGUGGUCUAUCCGUGAGGAAGCUACUUGCCUCCCGUAAAUUCAGCAAACCGAUAUCGAGACGGGUGAAACGAUCGAAACUUUCCGGUCUGCAGAGUCGAAUGCUCUCUGAUGACCAGUCGAAAAGUCAGCUGCAGGCAGAGCGAAUGGCACGAUCGUCAUCGAUCUCACAAGUUCUGGCCAAUGUGAUCCUUGAUCAAUAUCAUAUCCAGAAGACAAGAGAGCUGGACACUUAUCCAGCUAGCAAUUUUGGGAAGAACGAGUGGCGCAAUGAGCGACAAAGGCUGGUGAAUUUUGUGACUUAUAAGCUCCUUGGAGACGAAGAUACGCAGACGCUUAAGGAGUCGUUUGGAUGGGAUAUUGCCUCGCAGCCAAACCAAAAUCUUUCUCAGUGGCAAACGAACGUCGAUAUGAACGACAGCCUUCGUAUUCUGUCACCAAAGAUUUUCUCGGUGGUUCCCGAAAAAGGUAAUGUCACAUCACUCCUUUCCCCACAUUUCCUCAGUCUAUAUUCGUCACAGAAUAUCAACGAAGUCUUGCCAUUGUCUAAGCUACUCAAAAGCUCAUCGAAAGCUGAACAGACCGCGUGGAUGCGAGUUAUUCUUGAGCUUAGCAAAUCAACCGAAAAGCUCAGGGAACUGGGCAUGGAACCGUAUAAAGAUCUGAAACAGCAAAAGUACCGCUCCCUUUUGAAACAACGGCAGACUAUGACGACUGUAUUUAAGCGUCUGGAAAGGAUGUACAGCGACGAUCAACGCAAAGCUUUGAUGAAAAGGGGAUAUGCAUUUCUGAACAAAAGACAACUGCAGCUGCUUUAUGGUUCUUCAAAUGUCCUGAAAAUCAGUGAAAGACCGAAAUUCUAUGAAUCUUUUCUGAUGAUGAGUGACGAUGAAAAAGAAAAGUUUCUUCUCAAAGACGUUACACACAUGCUGGCCGGCAUGAAACCUAAGCAGAAAAGACAGGUGGUGUUGAAUCCAUUAAUCUUAACGCCAAUUGUACUGCAACCCGCUUUUCCGCUGGUUUUGUCACCGGUGAUCUUGUCACCCUCCGUGUUAGGACCAUUGGUUCUAAGUCCAUUAGUGCUAAGUCCUCUUGUCUUGUCUCCAAGUGUCCUUGUUUUAGCUCCAAUUGUACUUUUUCCGCUUGUUCUUAGCCCUCUGACUGUGUGCCCUCUCGUUUUGUCGCCUUUCGUGCUUUCUCCGCUUAUUUUAAAUCCUCUGACAGUGUCACCGGCCAUCCUUAACCCGUUGGUGCUUAGUCCCCUUAUACUUACCCCCUAUUAUAAAGGUGCUCUUAUACUGGCACCAAGAGUUCUAAGUCCGCUAAUCAGAUCACCCAUCGGUCGAUUCAUCAUCACAGGUUCUCCUUCCAUUCUGUCACGGCGCAGAAAGAAGAGAUGGGUCUGGAACAGCACAUCACAUAGCCUUGUUCAUAUCUGA